AAGCUUCAUAUGGGAGUCACUGGAUUAUGGGAUUUACUUUCUCCUUCUGCGACAAGGACGAAAAUAGAUCAGUUACAAUCAAAAAAAAUAGCUAUUGAUACAUCAAUAUGGCUUGUACAAUUCAAUAAAGCAAUGAGAGAUGAAUCUGGAAAUCUUGCAGAAGGAGCUCAUCUCGUUGGUUUUUUUCGAAGAAUAUGUAAAUUGUUGUUUUAUGGAAUAAAGCCUGUGUUUGUAUUUGAUGGUAAACCUCCAGUUUUAAAAAGAAAAACUCUUAUGCAGCGCAAACUACUUCAAGAACAGCAAAUGCUUGGUUUAAAACGAACUGCGGAAAAACUUUUGUUAAAUAAGCUUAAGUUAAAAACACUAGAUUUCGUUCAGGCUAAAAAGAAAGCUAGACAAGAGAACAAAAACUUACGAGUGCCUCCAGGUGCAAUCACUUCAUCAAAAGAGAAAAUGACAAACCAACAAUAUGAAACACAGAAUACAAAGGAUGACGUUCAAUUUACUAUCAAUAACAACACUUCUCCCGACUUUAACAAUUUAUUUGGACCAGAUUUGUUUGAAGUUGAACAUAAUCUUUUAAACUUAAUAAAUAAGGAAAACAGAAGAUCAGCCUACUUUAAUUCGAUUCCGAAAGAGUUAAGUUAUGCUUUAUUAGGACGUAAAACCUUGGAUGAUUUAAAUGUGGAUACGUCUGGAUUUAACAAUUUAUUGAAAAUGCCUACGGAUUUUCUGAAAAAAUCUAAAAAUUACGAAUUUUUGAUAAAUCAAGAAUUGACUACAACUGAUUUAAAAGAUGUUAAAGAGUAUCCAAUCAAACAAGAAGAUGGAAUCAAUUCGUUUAUCCAGUUGCCGCUAAUGUCUUCUAUAGAUCCAACCCAUUUUAGUCAUUUAGAUCCGACGGUACAGUAUUCUAUUCUUAAUGACAUCCGAGAUACUUGGUUUAGUGAAACUCGUUUAUUAUGUAUCCAAGCUAAAGAUAAUCCCGGAGUGUUCAGUUCACUCCAGCUUGAAUCAUUCUUACGUCAUGUCAACACCACUAAAGAAAUUAACAAGGUAAAAAAAAAAAUUGCUGAUAAGCUUCAUCUAUCUUUUCUCUCCUCAAACGGAACAACUGACGCCAUUACAUCAAGUCCAUCACACAGCUAUGAUAGUUCAAAUAAACAAAGCUUCACUCAGGAAAAUUUCCCUACAAAUUUAAAUUGUACCAAGUCUAAUCAACCUAACUUCCAACGAUCUAUUUUAGAGUUGAACGAAACUGAAAAUGUGCCUCAUAUUGUAACAGAAUCAGAAAAUUUAAGUGAAGAUUUUAGUAAAAAACGUAAACCACAAAAAGCCAGAUGCUUUUCUGAAAUAUUAGAGAAACAAUUAAAUACAAAAGUUGUCAUGCCUCUUCCCCGUCUAGAUUACAUAACUGAACAUAUAGAAAACAGUUUACUUCAUCAAUCGACGUGGUCACCAUCUUUACAACAUUUGAAAUCAGCCACUUCUCAGGAAGCGAAUUCAAAAGUUACUUAUAAAAUGAACAAGGGCAAGGAUCAAGUUUUAGAACUUGACACGGGUGAGGAGGAUAAAAUAUGGGUGCCAGAAAAUGUGUUAGAUGACAUUUUUUCAAAUGGUCUGCAUCAAACGCCAACUUGUCUUGGGAGUAUGUCAAACGUACAUGCUACUCAGAAAAAAAACCUUGAGGACACGUCGGUAUCGAAAUUAGGAAUUAAAAAAAAAAUUCAUUUGAUGAAAAAAUUGAAAAAAACUCCUUUAAAAGAACAAAGUGAUCGAAAAUAUUCAAAUUCAUUAAAUACAAACAUGGACUCGGGAUCGCAAAAUGUUGAAACCGACUGGGAUACCUGGGAAACGUUGGAAGCUCCGUUGGUCGAAAUAAAAAAAAAAAAUUUAAAGGAAACUAUUUUAAAACAAUCAUUAAUUGAGGAAAUGACAAUAGAGGCGCAACAGAAGCCCACGCUCUAUUCUAAAAAUAUUUUUAAAGGUGAUAAAAUCGAGGAACACAAAAACGAAGUUUCAGAGAGUUCACCUUCAAAUGUACCGACUCCAUCUUUUGGUGAUCGAUCAACAUCUCAUAAAAAAAAUUGUUGUGAUUUGAAAACAGAAUUUUUUCAUAAUAUUUCGAAAGCAACAAAUACCGCCUCUCAAAUACAUUCUUCUGAGCUUUACAAUCCUCACUGUGUAGCUUUGAAUCACUUUGAUUCAACUAGUUCACUUCAUGAUUCCUUCAAUGGGGAAUUUGUUAAAGAAGAGGAACAUAAUACAAAUGAGUCCCUUCAUACUAUAGGUAAGCCCUUAAUUCAAACGAAGGCAUCAAUUGAUUUUCCUAAAACAACUUCAAAGCUUAACUACAAAGCUAACGAAAGUUCAUUAUUUGAUGCAAAGUCUAGUAAAUUAGAUAAACAGAAGUUUGAAAAUCUGACUACAACUGAUAUGGCUUCUAACAUAAAAGAAAAUUUAGGUGUAUCCAGAAACCAUAGUGAUUUUCUAUUGACACACAAUAAACCAGAACCUAUUACUGACGAUAUUGUGGAAACUUUUAACAAACGCGAAAGUGAAUUACUUACAAAGAGUGGUAGACCAUUUGUAUUAUAUGAUGAUACAUCGCAACUAUUAAGUGAGACAAAACCAAGCUCAGAUGAUGAACCUGAAAUACACUUAGAAAAUGAAUUACAAAUAACAACAGAAGAUAAAUUUAAAAAAAGGUCCCCACAUAAAUUGACAGUAAAGUCGGAACGUGAAUCGGAAGUCGUCUCAUUGACCAAGGCCCAAGUACAAUCAAAAAUGGAAGGAAAUGUAGAUUUAAAAAAAAGAAAAAAACAAAUAGAUCACUGCUUUGAAACUAAGAAUGCAGGGGAAGAAUCAUUAAUGUUAAGGGAUGACACACAAAAUUUCGAAAAAAACAAUUGGAAACUAGGACUUGAUCAUCAGCAAGAAAUCGUUGACGGGGAGAACGUUGUCCUAAUGCGUGAAGCAGAGUCAGUUACGCAAAACGUUAACGAACCCUGUGUAUCGAGUAGCAUUGAAAAAGUCAAAAAUCAUAACAUUAGCGUGGGAAAUGAUGAAGAAAACAAACUUUUCAACAGAGUGGACCUUCAAAUAAAUGAAAAUAAUGAAAAGAAUGUUUUUUUUACAGAGAAAUCGCUUGAUCAUCAAACUGCAGAACUGGAGACUGAACAAAUACAACUGAAUAAUUUGUUUAUGAACUUUAAAAAAGGAACCGAAGAAGUAACGUCAGAGAUGUUAGAUGAUAUAAAAGAGUUGUUAUCGCUUUUCGGUAUCCCAUUUGUUCUUGCUCCAUCUGAAGCUGAGGCACAGUGCGCAACACUAGUACAGCUGGGCUUGUGUGAUAGUGUCAUUACUGAGGACUCCGAUUGUCUGUUAUUCGGAUCUCGUGUUGUUUAUCGUCAUUUUUUUGAUCCUCAUGGAGCUAUAGAAUGUUAUGAUAUGAACUUAAUCGAAAGCGAGUUGAACCUUACAAGAAAAGAUAUAAUUUUACUAGCAAUGCUGUUGGGAUGUGAUUACACUGUCGGGGUAUCUGGCAUCGGUAUUGUUAACGCUUUGGAAACCAUUCGCGUAUUUCCUGACAUGGAAAGCUUAAAGGAAUUUCGGGAGUGGGCUACUGAUUUGAUAUCAUCAAAUAAAAAUAAUGGAAUCCUACCAACGGACUCGCCUGAAAAACGACUUUACAGAGAAAAGCACAAGAAUUACCGGUUGCAGUGGAUAUUCCCAGAUAAUUUUCCAAGUAUGGAUGUUUGGACUUCCUUUACAUCACCUGCUGUAGACCAAUCGAAUGAAGACUUUUCGUGGUCUGCAAUCUACUCGGAAGGUUUAAUUAAGUUUUUGAUGGAAAAAACUUUUUUAACUAAAGAACAGAUAUUACAAACAAUACAGCCCGUUUUACAACAGCGCUUAAAAAUUCAAAAAAAUUCAUGGCGUCAAACAAACAUAAAAGAAUUUUUCAGUACCGUACAGCUUGAUCGUGUUGCAAAAGUUAGAUCUAAAAGAAUUCUUAAAUUAUUUCCAUCUUUAUCUAACAAUUUUCAUUCUAAAGAGUCCGAAGAACAAAUUUGUUCAGACAUAGAAAAGCUACCCAUUAGAUCUACUAAAAAACAGAAAAAUAAAAAGCAAUCUAGUCGUAAGACCGCUCAAAAAAAGAUGCGUUCCUAGAUUUUCUACCAAAAUAUACGCUAAGUUUUCCUUUGUCUACAAAAAUUUAAAAAAUUACUUCACUUCAAAACUUAAUAAUUUUUUGUGUGACAUAUCUAUCACCUUUUUACUUUAGAUUAAUUGAAAACGCAAAAAAUAU